AUGUAUUCAAUGCGUGGUGGUGGUGGUUAUCAAUAUCCACAAGGAACAACAACAUAUUAUACUCCUCAUGACAGUAAUCGAAUGGCUCAAAAUAAUUUUAUUUCACAAUCUUCUUAUGUUCAACAACGCUCAACAAAUUCUUUACCAUAUACUGAAUCUCGAACAAUAAAUAUUUCUCAUUCAACACCAAUACGUCGUGUAAAUCCUGCAUUAACAAUAAAUCCAAAUCAACCAUCACGAACACAAUCUUUUAAUUUUGGAAAACCAACAUAUACUUAUAAAAAAAAUAUUCAUGCUGAAAUUGAUGAUUCACCAAUUAUUGAUCCACGUGCUUUUUAUUAUUUAAAUUUAAAUGAACAAAAAUCAAAAAAAAAGACAACAUCUGAUGAUAUGGAAAGUGGUAUUGAUUCACGACCUAUAAUUAAUCUUGGUGCAGUUGCACAAUUAGAACGACGACGACAGCAACUCUUAGAAAAGAAUAAUCGAUUACGUGGUGAUGAUGGAUCUAAAGAAGGCAUUGAUGAUAGAUCAAUUAUUGAUUCUAAUGCCUUUCGUUAUAUUGAAGCGAAGACAAAUAAGAUUGAAAAACAAGGUCAAGGUAUUACUAGUGGUAUUGAUGAUAGGCCAAUUGUGGAUCCAGAUGCAUUCAAAUAUUUAAAUGCUAAACGUCAAGGAAAAUUCGUAAAACAAUUAGAUGAACCAUCAAUCGAUACUCGACCAAUUAUAGAUCCAGAUGCAUUUAAAUAUAUUGAAAAACGUAAUAUACCAUUACCGAAAACUAUGGAAAGUGGCAUUGAUAGUGAACCAAUUGUUAAUCCAAAUGCUUUUCGUUAUUUGGAAAGAAAUGAGCCACCAUCUCGUCGUAAUGAUCAAUCAGGUGUUGAUACAACAUCAAUAAUUAAUCCAGAUGCAUUUAAAUAUAUUGAAAAACGUACACCAACAAAAUUCGAACCAGCUGAAUCAUCAAUUGAUUAUCGUCCAAUUGUUAAUCCAGAUGCAUUUAAAUAUAUUGAAAAACGUACAACAAAAAAAUCACAACCAGCUGAACCAUCGAUUGAUUAUCGUCCAAUUGUUAAUCCGGAUGCAUUCAAAUGGAUUGAACGAAAAGAAACAAAACGUCGUGUUGAUAAUGAACCAGAAAUUGAUGAACGUUCAUAUGUUAAUCCACAAGCAUUUCGUUAUAUUGAUCGACAUAUAGGAAAAAAACGUGAUAUUCCUAUACCCGAAAUUGAUACACGUAGUUUAAUACUUGAACGAAAUCCAAAUGCUUUUAAUCAUCUUGAACAUAAAUUUACAAAUCGAAGAGAUGAUUUUCAAAGUGGUAUUGAUCAACGAUCUUAUGUUGAUCCAGAUGCUUUUAAAUAUAUUGAAGGUCGAAAUACUAAUUCAAAAAAUAAAACAAUAUAUUCAUCAUAUGAUCCAUCAAUUGAUACAAGAUCAUAUGUUAAUACAGAAGCAUUUCGUCAUCUUGAAGGUUCACAAAGUACACCAAGUUAUGAUAAUUAUAAUGAUAAUGAUGGUAUUGAUGAACGACCUUUUAUACCAUUAAAUGCUUUUCGUCAUCUUGAAUAUACUGAUCAACAUAGUGAUCCUUAUAAUACUGAAUAUUUAUUAUAUGGACAAACAGAUGUUUGA